AUGCAGGUCAAGGAGCUUCGAGCCAUGAAAAAAGUUCCAACGCAGUUCCUCCCUCUAUUUGAGGUGGGUGAAUCGUUCGAAGAUGCCCCUGAGAAGAACGUCGCCGUCCUCCAAGACGAACCGGUGGCGCGCGAGGCUAUUUUCAUCACUGAAACGCCAGAGGAGAGCGCGGAGUAUGAUUUCGACUACGAUCGAUUCCAUCCAAACGCGCGAGCAGCUUUGUGUGCACUAAAGUUUGCGCUUAAACAUCCACCAUGCGCACCGCAUUCUGACAAGCUCAUCUCCGAGCUACAUUACCUGAAACUCACGGUUUCUGCGGGUAAUCGAAGAGUCGCGCCGAACGAGUUAGCCGCGCAGCCGCGCGCCAUCAGACGCAACGAUGAAUUAUCCGCCGAGGAGAGUCGUAAAGUACUCGAGCUCGAGCGCACGCUUGAAGUACUGAGGCUCCGAGUGGCCCAACUAGCGUCCAUGGAAGAUGAUCAAAGAAUUAGCGAUUGA